AUGAUAAUUGAAGAGGUACCGAUAAAUGAUCCCUUGGUGGUGGACCCAACUACUGUUACCACAUAUGAAUAUCCAGAAGUUACAGAGGAAGAAAAGAAACAAGAUUUGAAAACAGAUCUAUUGAAUCCAUCACCAGAAAUCAACUGGGAGAUCUUGGAUCUUGUCAAUAAACCAUUAGAAAUCAAUCGAGAGAAAAUCAUUGACAAAUUAGUGAUCAAUCCGGAACGAUUGAGCCGUACUCAAUUCAGAUUCAAGAGAUCGGGCAUUCAGGGACACAUCACAGGAUAUCAGGAAGAAGUCAAUUUGAACGAAUUAGAAAACUCCAACACUUCGCUAAGCAUCAACCGUGGGUAUAGUUCUAAAAGUGAAAGUCUUCGAGGAAACACCAGUUUUUUGCCAUUUCAACCAGGAGGUUUAAUCCAACAAGCAGCCUCCGAUAGAGAACCCAAGGAUUCGGGUGUAAAUUUGCAUAGAAAUGAGCAUGGACUAUUUGAUAUUCCACCAGGAUUUGAGCGUGGAUUAGAAGUAAGUGGAAGUGGAAGUUUGGAUAUAGAACCAGUUUCCCCAGACGAAGAUGAUGAAGAGGAAGAAAGUUUGCAGGGGGUUCACAUUUCUGCUACAUCCGAGCCAGCAGAUAUAGAUGGCGAUGCGCCAAAGCCAAAACCCAUGAUCCCAUUUGAUAGCAAGGAAAUUGAAGGAUUGGUGCCAUUUGAUUAUUCAAUUUUCAAGUAUACUGACAAGAAAAACGCAUUGGAUAAACGAACUUGGGCUCACGUGGUAGACUUGGAUCAUAAGAUCGAAGACUUUCAAGAGUUGGUCCCCAACAUGGCACGAACAUGGCCGUUUGAAUUAGAUACAUUUCAAAAGGAAGCAGUUUUCCAUUUGGAGCAAGGCGAUUCUGUGUUUGUGGCUGCACAUACUUCCGCAGGGAAAACCGUCGUUGCCGAAUAUGCCAUAGCGAUGGCACAUCGAAAUAUGACUAAAUGUAUCUACACGUCUCCAAUUAAGGCUUUGUCAAAUCAAAAGUUUCGUGAUUUCAAAGAGACGUUCAAAGACAUUGAUGUAGGGUUGAUAACUGGGGACGUUCAAAUCAACCCAGAAGCCAAUUGUUUAAUUAUGACCACUGAGAUUUUAAGAUCAAUGUUGUAUCGUGGUGCUGAUUUGAUACGUGAUGUUGAGUUUGUGAUAUUUGAUGAAGUGCAUUACGUCAACGAUAUAGACAGAGGUGUAGUAUGGGAAGAGGUCAUUAUCAUGUUGCCCGAUCACGUCAAGUAUAUUUUAUUGUCUGCAACCGUGCCAAACACAUUUGAGUUUGCUAACUGGGUAGGGAGAACUAAACAGAAAGACAUAUAUGUUAUUUCAACACCAAAAAGACCGGUGCCUUUGGAGAUUUUUGUAUCAGCGAAAAACCAACUAUUCAAAGUUGUUGAUGCCAACCGAAAAUUUCUGGAGAAUGAAUUCAGGAAGCACAAGGAUUUUCUAGAAGGCGGUGGGAAGAAAAAUGAGUUGCCGUCUACAACUAUGGGUUCUGGAAGUAGAGGCGGACCAGGUGGAACUGCCAGAGGUGGGAAUCGUGGUGGUCGUGGCAGUCGGGGAGGUCAAGGAAGGGGCAACUCUUCCGGACCCAAAAGGUUUGGCCGAGAUGGUCCAAAGAAAAACACGUGGAUUGACUUGGUUAAUUAUAUGAAACUGAAUAACUUGUUGCCCGCAGUUGUAUUUGUUUUCUCUAAAAAGAGAUGUGAAGAAUAUGCGGACUCCUUGCGUAGUGUUGAUUUCAACAAUGCUCGUGAAAAGUCUGAAAUUCAUAUGUUUAUUGAUCGGGCAGUUGGCAGAUUGAAGAAAGAGGAUCGUGAAUUGCCUCAAAUAUUGAAAAUCAGGGAAAUGCUUGGUAGAGGUAUUGCUGUGCAUCAUGGUGGAUUGUUACCAAUCGUCAAAGAGUGUAUUGAAAUUCUUUUUGCCAAAUCGUUGGUCAAAGUUUUGUUUGCCACUGAAACGUUUGCUAUGGGGUUGAACUUGCCGACAAGAACCGUUGUGUUUUCGUCAAUGAGAAAGCAUGACGGUAGAAGUUUCCGUAAUCUAUUACCAGGCGAGUUUACACAAAUGUCGGGUAGAGCUGGUAGAAGAGGGUUGGAUAAGACGGGUACAGUUAUUGUUAUGGCAUACAACGAUCCAUUGUCACCAACAGACUUUAAGGAAGUAGUAUUGGGAACACCCACCAAACUUCUGUCACAGUUCAGAUUAACUUAUAGUAUGAUUUUGAAUCUUUUGCGUAUUGAGGCAUUAAAAGUCGAAGAAAUGAUAAAGCAUUCUUUCAGUGAGAAUUCUACACAGGUCUUGCUUCCCGAACACCAAAAACGGUAUGAUGAAAUAAAAAAGCAAUUGCAAUCAUCAACAAUAACUCCUUGUUCCAAAUGCUCUUUGGAAGGGACGGAAGAAACCUGCAAUUUAUUAACAGAGUACGAGAAGUUAUAUGGAGAGUGUGUCGUAGAUAUACACAAAUCGCCAGUUUUGAAAAGUCAAUUGUUGCGUAUUGGAAGAUUGGUUUGUUUCAGAGAUGUUAACCACAAUGGUGCACGAAUGGGGUUUGUCGUCAAGUCAGACAGUGCCAAUAACGCUAUCGUGUUGUUAACUUUUGACCAUGGGAAAGAGUUCGAGGAAGCUAUUGAAAAGUAUAGAUUGCCAUAUAUUCCUAUUCGCGAUUACAUCAGCAAAAGCUUCCCCAAAAUCAAAUUUUGUGGUCGUUUGAGAGUGGUGAUGGUGCCAUACGAAAACGUCUGCUUUAUUGGAAGAUACUCACUCAAGACAUCAAUAAAUUUGAUUAUAAACAACAACAAGUCAGCGGUGCAAGAAUCCUCUGAACAGAUACAAAUCUUGACCAAGUAUCAAAAUAGCUUUGAAGAAUUAGCUUUUAAAUUUACUAGACAGUUAUCCUUGCUUGACUUGACGGUUGAGAAGGAUAAAAUACUAGAAAAACUUAGGCUGAGUAAGACGUACACGUGCCCUAAUUUCAAGCAGCAUUACGUUGAGUAUCUUGAUAGAUAUUUGUUGUCGCAAGAAGUGGAAAAAUUGGAGCGGUUGAUUUCUGAUGAAAACUUGGAAUUGUUACCUGAUUAUGAACAAAGAUUGCAAGUCUUAGAGGCAAUGGGUUAUAUUGAUGAACAGCAUAACGUGGUAUUGAAAGGGCGGGUUGCCUGUGAGGUGAAUUCCGGAUGGGAAUUGAUUAUUACAGAGUUGGUCUUGAACAACUUUUUAGCAGACUUUGAGCCAGCAGAAAUAGUGGCAUUAUUGUCAUGCUUUGUCUACGAGGGGAGAACUCAAGAAGAAGAACCACCUUUAAUCACCCCGAGGUUGGAAAAGGGAAAGGCAAAAAUAUUGGAAAUUGCCGAAAAGCUAUUAAAAGUAUAUGUUGAAAAACAAGUUUCUUUGACGCUGGAGGAAGAAGACUUUGUCGAGAGCAAGCGUUUCGCAUUGGCCAAUGUUGUAUACGAAUGGGCCAACGGCUUGUCAUUUAACGAAAUUAUGCAAAUUAGUGUUGAGGCAGAAGGUACAAUUGUGAGAGUGAUUACCAGAUUGGAUGAAAUAUGUCGUGAGGUGAAGAAUGCGGCCUUGAUCAUUGGAGACUCUACAUUGCAUUUGAAGAUGGCCGAAGCACAAGAAAAGAUCAAACGUGAUAUUGUGUUUUGCGCUUCAUUAUAUUUAUAG